AUGUGUGCCGCCCCGAUGCCCUCCCUGGCGCAUAUCUUCCGAGGGACAUUCAUCCACUCCACCUGGACUAGCCCCAUGGAGGUGCUGCGGGAUCACCUCCUCGGCGUGAGCGACAGCGGCAAAAUAGUGUUUUUAGAAGAGGCAUCCCAACAAGAAAAGCUGGCCAAAGAAUGGUGCUUCAAGCCGUGUGAAGUAAGAGAACUAAGCAACCAUGAGUUCUUCAUGCCCGGGCUGGUUGAUACACACAUCCAUGCCCCUCAGUAUUCUUUUGCUGGGAGUAAUGUGGACCUGCCACUUUUGGACUGGCUGACCACGUACACAUUUCCUACAGAACUCAAAUUCCAGAACAUUGACUUUGCGGAAGAAGUAUAUACCAGAGUUGUCAGGAGAACACUGAAGAAUGGAACAACCACAGCUUGUUACUUUGGAACAAUUCACACUGACUCAUCUCUGCUCCUUGCAGAAAUUACAGAUAAAUUUGGGCAGCGGGCGCUUGUGGGCAAGGUCUGCAUGGAUAUGAAUGCUACUGUUCCAGAGUACAGGGAAACCACCGAGGAGUCAAUCAAGGAAACGGAGAGAUUUGUGUCACGGAUGCUCCAAAAGAAUUAUUCUAGAGUGAAGCCCAUAGUGACACCACGUUUUUCCCUUUCCUGCUCCGACACUUUGUUGGGUAAACUGGGAAACAUGGCGAAGACUCAUAAUUUGCAUAUUCAGAGCCAUAUAAGUGAAACUGUCUAUGAGGUUGAAGCUGUGAAGAACUUAUUUCAAGAUUAUAAAAACUACACAGAUGUGUACGAUAGGAACAAUCUUCUGACAAACAAGACAGUGAUGGCGCAUGGCUGCUACCUUUCAGCAGAAGAGCUGCAGGUGUUCAAGGAGCGGGGAGCAGCCAUCGCCCAUUGCCCCAAUUCUAACUUAUCGCUCAGCAGCGGCUUUCUCAAUGUGCUCGAAGUCUUGAAACAUGAAGUGAAAAUAGGGCUGGGUACAGAUGUGGCUGGUGGUUAUUCAGCCUCCAUGCUGGAUGCGAUCAGAAGAGCAGUGAUGGUUUCCAAUAUCCUUUUAAUUAAUAAGAUCAACGAGAAAAGCCUCACCCUCAAAGAGGUCUUCAGACUAGCUACUCUUGGAGGCAGCCAAGCCCUGGGGCUAGAUAAAGAGAUUGGAAACUUUGAAGUGGGCAAGGAAUUUGAUGCCCUCCUGAUCAACCCCAAAGCAUCUGACUCUCCCAUUGACUUAUUUUCUGGGGAUCUGGCUGGUGAUACAUCUGAAGCUGUAAUCCAGAAGUUCCUCUACCUAGGAGAUGACCGAAAUAUUGAGGAGGUUUAUGUGGGCGGAAAACAGGUGGUCCCCUUUUCAAGCUCAGUGUAAGACCCUCGGCCUCUACAAAUUCUCCUGGGAUCACGUGGUUCUACAUCUCCCUGGUGCCCAGGCCGAGUUAGAAAGUCCAAAAAUAGUAUCUUGUUCUUGGGAUGACUCUCUCUUUCUGUGUCUAGUUACAGUACUCACUUGACAAAUUGUUUGAAGGGGGUCGUGCUAAUUCCCAGCCCUCCGGCUGGGAGGAUUCAAAAUCUCUCCCUUUUGAGCUGUUUGGAUUUACUUUAAGCUCAAAUAUAGGGGAAUGUUAUUCCUGGUGGGGUUCUUAUUGUGAGAUUUAAGUCAAAUCGAUUUCAUAUUUGGAAAUGUGGAGAGAAAAUGUAUUCCUGUAAGGCUAGAUAUGUUGAGCUAAUAAAUGUGAAAAAUCAGAAAAUGGAAAAUGAACUAGUAAAUAUAUUUUUAUGAGGGAGAAAAAGUUAGACUAUGAACAUGCAUUGGAAAAUCACUUCAGAUUAUGAUUGAAAAUUAUGUACUGAGCAUAUUAAUUUCAGAGGAGAACUUGUUGAAUUUUAAAAUGUGUUUCUAGAUUGACCUUGUGUUCUGGAAAUUUGCACUUAAUGGAGUUUGCAUUUCAGAGACAUGUUAUUGUUGUGCUUUGCCUUCUUUGGGGAUGAAAUGUCAGAAAUUGCCACAUGCUUUCUUCAUAUAGUUCUGUGCUGCAGAGUGUUUGACAGAGGUUGGGUGUUAAAGAUUUAAAGUCUCUUAGGAAUAUUAUUCAUAUAACUACAGGGUACAAAUAGUGGUAUUUUUGUGUACUUUAAAAUCACCUUAAUGUAUAAAUGUGUGAUGCUAUUAUUGCUUCAUUGUUAUUAGAAAAGAAACAAAUUCCAUACUCCACUGUUGUGUAGACUGGAGUCUUCAUAAACUGGGUCACGUGCUGGGCAAUAAGGAGCUACCAAUACUAAAAGGAAGGGUUUCACAGCAAUGAUGGGGUCUCCCCAAGAGGUAUGCCAUGGUUGCCAAAUAUUUCAUCCUCAGAUCUCAGUCUGGUAGAACUUUAAAAUGAAAGACAAAUGCAGUUAAAUACAUUAUUAAAAAUCUUUAAACCCUGCUUACUGAAAGCACUGGAUUUUUCCAUUUUAUCCUGUUGCCUUUUUA